GCGUACCGAGGCAGACGUGGCCCAGAGCAGGGCGGGGCGUCCCCGGCUCGGCGGAGGAAGUGGGGUUGCUCGCGGAGUUGGCGUGUGGGUUCUGUUCUGACCGGCUCCACCAUGUCGAAGGUUUCCUUUAAGAUCACGCUGACGUCGGACCCACGGCUGCCGUACAAAGUACUUAGUGUUCCUGAAAGUACACCUUUCACAGCAGUCUUAAAGUUUGCAGCAGAAGAGUUUAAAGUUCCUGCAGCAACGAGUGCAAUUAUUACCAAUGAUGGAAUAGGAAUAAAUCCUGCACAGACUGCUGGAAAUGUUUUCCUAAAGCAUGGUUCAGAACUGCGAAUUAUUCCUAGAGAUCGUGUUGGGAAUUGUUGAUAUCUACUACUGGAACAUACAUUUACUUUUCAAAAUAAAUAUUGGUAUUUUGUUGUUAUUGUUGUAAAAUUGAAAGCAGGCAUUUACCAUACUGUGGAAACAUCAUGGUUCAGUGAAAUAAUGAAAGGUGACUGUUUUGUCCAUUCUUUUUAUUCACACUCUUCAUGUGAAGAGGGAAUGCUUAUGAAUGGCGUACCACCACAGAAGAUCACACAGCCUUUGAUUGCUACCUCACAAUAAACACAAACAGGUAGUUCGUUUGCGGUAAAUGGAUUAUCAAAUGUGUUAUAACUGGACGAUGCUUCUGAUCAUUCUUUCUGAGAAUUUGAACAAUUAAAAUCUAAUCUUACAUAUUUGUUUUUGACUUAAAAGUCUAAAAGAAUUAUGGAUGACAGUUUUCUUGUCAAAUAGUAUCUUACUUGCAGACUCUUGAUUAGUUUGACUCUCAAGUACUUGGUUCAUGAUGAACUCAGUAGACAUACCAAUGGAGAGUUAACUAUCCUAAUUUUAUCACUAAAGGAUUUUUUAAGUUUCAAACUUACAUGUCAGUUUAUAAAGUUGUAAUUUAUUAUCAAAGAACCAAAAAUUGAAUUUUUCGGUCUACCCCUUAUGUGUAUAAGUUGAUAUCCCACACCAAGUAAUUUUAAGUGAUCUAACAGAAUCCAGUGCUUGUAAAUGCUAGGAAUUCGCAGUACAAGCAUCCUUUGCUGAGUUAUGCAUUCCAUUAUCAAUCUCUUUCAAUAUAAUUUUUGAAACUGAAAUCCUCAGAAAAGUUAUUGUCUUUAUGACAAUCAUAAUUUUAAAUAACAUUCAAGAAAGAGUAUUGCAGAGAUCUGAAGUUUACAAUAAGAUUAGAAAAAUGCUGAUCAGAAAUGCUGAUGAAUUGUACUUAUUGAAGAUCCAACUUUUAAGAAAGUGCUAAGCUUAGUAAUUAGAAUGAAUAAAAGGCCAGGAAAGGGAAGAUGAGUAAGCCCAGGUGCCCAGGCUUUUGGUUAGGAGGAAAGCAGCAAAGGACGGUAAUGGAGCAGACAGGAAGCUGUAGCCGAGUGUCCCAGAAAAAGCCAACUAGAUAAGAGAAAACUGCAGAGGGUAAGUUCGGGAGAGCUGAAAGUGAAAACAAAAUAUGUGACAUAGUCAUAGUAACAGAAGGCAGUUGCAGAAAGCAAAGUAUAGGCCUUGUCAAUAUACAGAUUUUAAAAUAUCCCUGUGAGAAUCCAAAGAGUGACAUGCCUAAGGAAAGAUUAUAUUUGCUCUUCUAGAAGAAAUCAGUAACUAUGCCCCCCUUGAAAGAUGAAAUGGAGGCUCAUGGUAAUUCGGAAUCAGUGCUUUUAUCUGCUAUAUUCCAAAUGGUGAGCUCUCUGGAAGCAGAUAUUAUGUCUGUCUGGUUCUUUCUAGGUAUGAAAAUGUAAUAAUAAGUAUUACUGAAUUCUUGAUGAUUAUGACCAAUUUUUAUCUUAGCAUGGUUUAGUGUCUUCCCUAUUGUGGGCCCUAGGUUCAUUGGGGGAAAAAGUGGUAAGAAAAUGCAACAGGAUCAGCAUCUGAAAGAUGAUGCUAGUUAAAUUAAAGAAAUUAAAUUAAAUUAAUUACCAGAUAUCUUUUAUAAAUAAGACAUAUGAACAGCAGGAUCCUUCUUAAUUGUCAAAGGAGAAAGUCCUUGCUGAGGUAGAAAUGUGUACUGCUGAUGUUCAGGGAAGUUUUUUAUUUUAUAAACAAAAUCCAGUGUAAAAAGGGCCAUGUUGUUUUCAGUUAAUUUACGAACCAGUCGUUUAUGAACGCCCACACCCUGAUUUUUAGUUUAAUUUAGAUUUUCUUCCAUUAUUUUAGAAUUUUGAAUAGUAUAUGGUGUCUUGUACCACGAAGUGACUCAUGUUUUUUGUUUUAAAAAUUAUAUUUUGGCUUAUUCUUAAAAAAUUAAAGAGUUAGACACUUUGUUAUUAAGUAAAUGUGUUUUGUAAACUCUUCAUGCAAAAUGUUUUGAAAUGUGUUCAGUUUAAAUACAUUAUUGGUCCAUAAUUAAUAAUCUUAUGAAAAUACAUUUUGUUACACUAUCAA